AACUAUAGAUUAUAUAUAAACAUGAGGGAAAUCAGUUAAUUCUUCAUCAGUUUGUAAAAUUUCGGGACAGAAGAAACAUCGUUUUUCGGCAUGAGAACCAGUGAUUUCAUUUUUAAAGAAAAGCUUGGUACUGGUGCCUUUGGUGCUUGCUAUCUGGCAACGUACAAGCCAAACCAACGCUGGUACGUUAUCAAAAAACAGAGUAUGGAACAUGUGGAGAUCGUUAUGAACGAAGUUAAAUUAUUGAGCAAGAUGGAACAUACUAAUAUAAUAACUUAUUACGGUUCGUGGAUUGAGAAUAAUAAAUGUUUUAUUUUAAUGGAAUACGCCACCAAGGGAACUCUCUAUAAUCUUUUAUCACGACGUCAACAUCCACUUCAACAGCGGGAUGCACUUUAUCUCUUCGCGCAAAUCACACUAGGCGUCCAUCAUAUCCACAAGCAGAACGUUCUACAUCGUGAUUUGAAACCUGGCAACAUAAUGCUCACAGGUCAAAAUGCGGAUGUGAUAAAGAUAGGUGACUUUGGCAUUUCCAAACGCAUAAAUAGGGAGGACGCUCAAACGCGAGUUGGCACGAGGAUGUACAUGGCACCGGAAGUGCUGCGAGGACACCGUUACGGUUACAAGUGUGACAUAUGGAGUAUGGGUAUCAUCCUCUAUGAGAUGCUGACAUUAAAGUUUCCAUUUGCAUCUAAUAGUCACGUUGGCAUGAUUACACGAAUUCUCGAGAUGAAGCCAAGCAAGCUACCAGCGACUGUUUCCGAGGACUGCGUUAGAAUGCUGUCGAAGAUGCUGCAAAAAGAUCCUCAAGAUAGACCCCCGUCCAGAUAUUUAGUACUGUGUCCGCUGCUUCUACAUUCUAUCAGCAAAGUUUAUUUGAAUGUCGGCAGGGUCGACAGAGCGCAAUGCUAAACGUCAAAAUUGGCAAAUGAUGGAUGACAGUGAUUACAGAGAAUUUUAAAAUUUGAUUUAAAAAAUUUUUAAUUUUAUGAUUGGAUUAUAAAAAAGUAUAUAAGUUUUAAGAAUUCAAAAAAUUAACGAUAUACGUUGCGGACUCCUAUCCUAUCAAUGAAUAUCUUCUUAAUAGUAACAUUAAGACGUGUAA